AAGAUGGCUUUUGUGUUGAGAAAGGAAAAGACAUUUCCAAAAAUCGAUACUUUUUAACUUGAAGUUUAUGCAAAAUAACUUAAAUUUCAAAAGAUUUUCAAGCUUCAAGCAAAGAACGUAAAUUUUUUCAACAGACCAAGCUGGACUUCUAGAGCAAUUCCCGCAGGUAUUAGUCAGUGAUAUCUGCGAAAGGCCCUGCAUGGGUGCGACUGAUCUCCUAGUUUUCCAUGCCUUUUGGGUAAUUAUGCCUUCCCGCGUCACACUUCCGGCCAGUAAUGGCUGACAGAAUGGGUCAACUAGCCAUGGUAUUCGUGUUUUCGGCGCUUAUAUUCUUAACAUGGAGAGAUUUAAGUCAUACUGAACAAACUAACAUAGAAAAGGACAUCAAGGCACCUAAACUGUCCAAAUUCGCUGGACCGACCCUCAAAUUUAUGUUUUGCUUCUCCUGAGGGUACAGGAAGGUCUUUGACCAAUAUGCCCAGCUUCUCCAUGAGCGAUUCCCAGCGCUUGACAUCCAGGGUGACAAUUAUCCCCCACCCUCGGGUCGCGCUGCUGUUGCUCAAUUCCUUAGCAUCUUUAAACUUUUUGUCAUUGUUAUGAUCGUCAGUGGUCAAAACCCAUUUCCUCAUUUAAAUAUGGAGACACCCAGUUUAUUCAAUUGGGCCACAGAAAAUAAGAUUUAUGCAUGUCUCAUGGUGUUUUUCAUCAGUAAUGCCAUUGAAGGGCAAAUGAUUUCAACUGGUGCCUUUGAGGUCACUUUUAAUGAUGUUCCUGUGUGGUCAAAAUUAGAAACGGGGAGAAUACCUCAACCGAAUGAGAUGUUUCAGAUCAUUGAAAACCACAUGCGUUUAUACACAAAUCCUGGGCAAUAAAAGUCUACAGACAUGCUAGUCCUCAAGUAACAACAUUGCCUGAUUCACUAACAGUAGUAGGAGAGCAGAAACUGAACUAAUGAAGACCUUCAUUACAAACAGCAUUGCUGUCAAUGAAGUGUUGGAUGACCAGUCAGAGGCCACCUUCUAUAAGUGUUAACCAAUCAGUAGUGAUGUCUUAUCUGAUGACUUUCAUGUCUUAUACAACAAUGUACUACAUGUAUGUGUGAUAAAGACUCUUUGAACUAUUGAAAGACUGAAGAAAACUUUCAGAGAGAGAGAGAGAGAGAGAGAGAGAGAGAGAGAGAGAGAGAGAGAGAGACAGAGAUUGUGUAUGAUUAAUAUAAUUAUAGAAAUCAUGUAGAAUAGAGACAAAGUGAGUUUUGAAUGGAAAUUUGGUAAAAUGUAAGUUGUGAAAUUUUAUUGUGACGUGUUGGUGUGAAGAGAUGAUGAAUUUAAAUGCAGUAAAUAAUGUGUCUUUCUAAUCAAUCUUUUAGAAAUAUUCAUUUUAAUGAACAAAGAUCAAAUAAAGAAUUUUGGAAAGUUAUUGGACAAGACACAUUAUUCUGAAUUUCUUACUUGUGUUGUUAUGUAGGUCUUUCAUCAGUGUUUCUGUAACCAGUUCAUUUUGUAAUGAUUUCAUUCUUAGACCAUUUGAGCAAAUAGAGAGGGACAUCUAGGUCUUGACUUAGAUUAGAUUGACUCACUUCUCGUAUAACUACACAUAUAAUUUAGAAAUUAUUUUAAGAGAACCCAAUGGUUUAAUUGACAAUUAUUUUAUUCUUAUUUCCAUUAUUUUCUGAACAUGAAUGCAAUGCAACUUGGAGAAAAUAGUGUAAUCUUGAUUCUUUUAAUAAUUAUAUAUAUCUGCAUGUAUUGAAUUCUGAAAUUAUAAGAGAUAAAAACCUUUGCUAUUAAAGGUGCAUAACAAUAAUGGUAAUAAGGCUAUUGAAACAAUAAUUUUACAUUUAUGCCAGAUUUUAGAAUGUAAUGCAUGUAAGAGGUUGUAUUGAUGACUAUCUGAUACCAUAUUAACAUACAUGUAUGACGAAUAUUCCGUAAAAUCAGAAUAAUUUACAGACUUUCUGUGGAAUGUCAAGUUUUAUCCAACCCUGGCACCUUUUGAUUCUUUAGGAUUUGUGAUAACCAGAAAACUCUGCAAUCUUUGAAAUAAAUGUGAUUUUGUUUUUA